GUGAGGGUAUAAAAGCAAGCUUAAUCUCUCAAUGCCCACUCUCCUCAUCUGGCUUCUCAUCUGCAGGGUCAAUACAAAUCCAGCAAUCGAGGAAAAAGGAAGUCCGCAAAAUGCAUACCCAGCUCUUUAUCAACAACGAGUAUGUCGACGCCAAAUCCGGCGAGACGCUCACCAUCUACUCCCCGCACGAUGAAUCGCUCGUAGCAGACAACAUCCAGGUCGCGGGCCAAGCAGAUGUUGAUGCCGCCGUCGCCGCUGCCCGCGCAGCUUUCAAGGGCGAGUGGUCGACUUGGAGCCCCACGCAGAGAACGAAGGUGAUGCUCAAGUUUGCCGAUUUGGUGGAUGAGCACGUGAAGGAGCUGGCGCCAUGGGAGGCUAAGUGCAUGGGCCAGCCAGUGGGUGUCACGGAGUCGCUGUAUGGCAUGCUGAGUAGCUGCUUCCGAUACUAUGCUGGAUGGACUGAUAAGAUUGCUGGCGAGCAGUUCCCGGCGCAUGAUGGUGUGUACAAAAUCGUCCAGUAUGACCCCAUCGGCGUGUGCGCUGGAAUCGGUGCCUGGAACGGAUCGCCCAUCUUCUUUGGCUUCAAGGUUGCCGCUGCUGUUGCCGUCGGCUGCACCACCAUCUACAAGGGCUCUGAGAAAUCCCCCAUCGGGAUUAUCCAGUUCGGAGAGUUGGUCAAGGAGGCUGGCUUCCCUCCAGGCGUCAUCAACAUCGUUAGCGGUGAUGGAAAGACCGGCGCAAUGCUGGCCAGCCACAUGGACAUCAACAAGGUUUCCUUCACCGGAUCCGUCUUCGCCGGAAAGAAGGUCCAAGAACUUGCUGCCAAGAGCAAUCUAAAGCGCGUCGUCCUCGAGCUCGGCGGAAAGUCACCCAGUCUAAUCUUCGCCGAUGCAGACAUCGAAAACGCCCUCACACACCACAGCCAGAACUUCCUCUUCAACACCGGCCAGGCCUGCAUCGCCGCAUCCCGGACCUUUGUGCACGAGGACAUCGCGCCGAAAUUCAUCGAGCAGCUGAAGGCCCGCUUCGAGCAGUUUUCGCACGCGACAGGCUCGCCCAUGGACCCGAAGACGUUCCUCGGGCCGUUGGCCGACGGCAAGCAGUUCGAGCGCGUCAUGUCGUUCCUCGAUAUUGGCAAGAAGGAGGCGGAGCUCAUUACCGGUGGAACGCGCCAUGGCAAGAACGGGUUUUACGUUGAGCCGACUAUUUUCCUGAAUCCGAAGGACGAUGCGCGGAUCUAUCGCGAGGAGAUCUUUGGACCUGUUAUCACGAUUCGGACGUUCAAGACGGAGGAGGAAGCUAUCGAGCUGGCCAACGAUACCAGCUACGGACUGUCAUCUUGCAUCUUCACGGCAUCCACGAGUCGCGCCCUUCGCAUUGCCAAGAAGCUGGAUGCCGGCAUGGUUAAUAUCAACACCUCGCAGGCCUUCGGUAUGGAGGCGCCGUUUGGUGGCUACAAGCAGUCCGGUCUUGGUAGGGAGGGCGGUCGUCAAGGUCUGAUGCAUUAUGUCGAGGCGAAGACCAUCUGCAUCAACAUGGGCGUGUAAGCCGGCUUCCGGAUGAGAGACGUAAACGCGUAACUGAGAGAGUAGGCAAUAGAGGAAGGAAGGAAGGAACAGCAGCCAGACUGAGGAAAAAACCGAGAAAA